AUGCUCGCCACGCUCCCCAUCCUCGCGCCCCGCCGGACCCCAUCGCGCGCGUCGCGUCGCGGAACCCCCGUCCUCGCCGCGCGAGGCACCCCCCGCGCUCGCCCCGAAGGUGACGACGCGCCUCGCCCGCGCGUAUCGCGCCAGACCUCGCGUCCAACCUUCCCGUUCAGCCGCGUGGUAAACCACGAGCCGGCCAAAGCCGCGCUGUUGCUCGCCGCCGUGGACCCGAACAUCGGCGGCGUGGCGCUCUUCGGCCGCAGGGGCACGUGCAAGACGGUGCUCGCGCGCGCCGUGCACGCGCUGCUCCCCGCGCUCGAGGAGGACGAGGAGGAGAAGAAGGAGACGGCGGUCGUCGAAGAGUCGGCGACCCACGCCCGCCCCCGCCGCCCACCGCCCUUCGUCACCGUGCCCCUGUCAGCCACGGAGGACGCGGUCGUCGGCACGAUCGACGUCGAGGCGUCCGCGCGGGUCGGCGAGCCCGUGUACGAACCCGGCCUGCUCGCCAGGGCCGACCGCGGCGUACUGUACCUCGACGAGCUCAACCUCGCAGACGAGACAGUCGUCGACUGCGCGCUCCACGCGGUAUCGGCGAGGCGGUGCGUCGUGGAGAGAACGGGCGUCAGCACGUCGCGGCCGUGCCGGGCGCUGUGCGUGGCGACGUGGAACCCGGACGAGGGGGAGGUGAAGCGAAGGGUCGUCGACGCGUUCGCGCUUCACGCCUCCGCCGAUGAGCCUCUCGCCGUCGAACGUAGGGUUCGAGGGGUGGAGCUGGCGUCGGCGUGGAUGGACGACUGGCGCGCCGUCGCGGAGGAGGCGCGUUUAGACGAGGCGGCGCUGGCGGCGGCGCUGGCGGCGGCGCGGAAGACGCUGGCGCGGGUGCGGGUGACGGACGCGCAGGUGGGGUGGCUCGUGGACGUCGCCAUCCGAGCGGGGUGCGUGGGACACAGGGCGGAGAUCGCGGCGACGCGGGCGUGCAAGGCGUCCGCGGCGUUGCGCGGGUGCGAGGUGGUCAACGGAGGAGACCUGAACGCGGCGGCGGCGCUGGCGAUCGCGCCGCGAGCGACGAGGUCGAUGGAGCCGCCGCCGCCGCCGCCGCCGCCGCAAAGGGCGGAAGAAACCGAAGCGGCGGAUGAGACGGAAUCGAAGGAGGAGGACGAGGAGGAGGGAACCCGGGGGAACGAGGACGAGGACGACGACAAAGGCGACGAUGACGACCGUGAGGAAGAGGACGAGGAAGAGGACGAGGAGACUCGAAUCGCCGUCGAGGAUUUGGUCUUCGCGCCCGAGGAUCGAGCCGGCGAGCCGGCCGUAUCGUUCGGAAAGCUCUCGCGUCGACCCAGUAAACCCGGCGCGGCGGGCCGAGCCAAAAAGGCCGUCAUCUUCUCGUUCGACCGAGGCAGGUACGUCAAGCCGGUGUUUCCCAAAGGGGGCGUCGUGCGCAGGGUCGCCAUCGACGCCACGCUUCGAGCCGCGGCGCCUCACCAACCCUCGCGCCGAAAGCGACGCGGCGACCCGCCCGACGGCAGACGCGUCCGCAUCGAACGCGACGACAUCCGCAACAAGAAGAUGUCCCGCGCCGCGGGGACGCUCACGGUGUUCCUCGUCGACGCGUCCGGGUCCAUGGCGCUCAACCGCAUGGCCGCGGCGAAGGGCGCGGCGCUGACGCUCCUAGCCGAAUCGUACACCAAACGCGACGCGGUGGCUUUGGUAUCCGCUCGGGGCGACGCGGCGGAGGUGAUCCUCCCGCCGAGUCGGUCCAUCGCGCGCGCCGAGGCGAGGCUCGCGGCGUUACCAUGCGGCGGGGGCACGCCGCUGGCGCACGGGUUGAGCACCGCCGCGCGCGUCGCGAUCAACGCGGCGAGGACGGGCGGCGGGGGCGGCGGAAAGUGCUCGAGGACCCGCGUGGUGCUGCUCACCGACGGGGGCGCCAACGUUGGGCUCGACUGGUCCGAGUCGACCCCAACGCGGCGCGCCGCGAUGGAGCCGUACGAGCCGUCCAAGGCUGCGCUGCGCGAGGAGGCGGUGGCGGUCGCGGGGCGGUUGGGAAAGGCGGGCGUCGAGCUCUUGGUGGUGGACACCGAGUCUGACGCUCUGCGAAGAGCCGGGGUGGGCGCCGGGGUGGGCGCCGGCGAGGCGAGGACGAACGUGGCGGAGGAUCUCGCGAGGGCGGCGGGAGGGAGGUACUUUCGGCUGCCGCCGCGUUCGGGGGUGGGCGCGGGGGCGAGGAGCGCCGCCGAGCGUCUCACCGGGAUGCUGAAGGCGUGA